GGCAUUUACUGCGUAUUAAUACGCGGUUGAAGAUGCCGGAAUUUACUGCACAUCAGUCCUCACGCAGCAUUCUAUUUCGUCCGACAGUCAAAUCAAUUUUCCUGUCGAUCAUAUUGUUAGGCCUCAUCAUUACAACAUCAGCCACCGCGAAUGUCCGCCGUCUGAAACGACCAAGAACAAGUAAUGAUAGGCCUAUUUCUGAUCCCAAGACACUUCCGGCGGGUUUGACUCCUCUUAAUAGUUUGCCAUUCAACUGUGAUAAAUGGAUCCAUCGAAGUAAAACCACCAAGCCUGUUAUCAUUAACUGUUGUUUCAAUCGAAAGAAUGCACCUUGCGGCACCGGCACUAGUGUCGCCUACGAAGUCUCUUGCAAUCGAAAUCUUGGACUCAACAAGGUCCAGGAAAGUUCGUACCAAGUCUGUCACGACCGCAGCAACGACAACACUCUCUACUCGGUUAAUACGCUGCAACAUCACACAAAAUUGACGGCACUUUCAAAUCAUGUGAUGAGGCAGCAGACUAAAAAAGCCACUAUGGCUUGGCGCAGGGGACCCAAACAGCUCUUCUACACCUGGAAUUCCAAAUCGAAAUCACUCAUCGACCAUUCUUACAAGGAAAUAGGACAAGUGAAGAAUCUCAAAAAGGUACUGAACUUGACGAGCGUGGCCAAUUACAUCGGCGGACACCCGAAACGCAUAUUCUAUCUGGCCAAAGGCCAUUUGAGCGCCAGGGCCGACAGCGACACGCCCAACAUUGUAUGGGAGACGUCGACUUAUUAUUACGUCAACUCGGCUCCGCAAUGGCAGUCGAUCAAUCAGGGCAAUUGGUACCAGCUCGAAAAAGCUGUUCGGGAAUUCAGACAAACUCGUAUAAAGAAUACUUUGGUCAUCAUCACCGGAACUUAUGGAACGUUCACGUUGCCCGAUUUAAACAACAACCAACAGGAGAUCCACAUGAUCACCGAUCAAAACGGCAAAGGACAUGUACCGGUGCCAAAGUAUUUCUGGAAGAUAGUCUGGGACGAAAAAGGCGGCCAGGCGACGGCGUUCAUCGGAAUUAACAAUCCCUACUUGGGCAAAGUCGAUCCUGAAAUGAUUUUCUGUCAAGACGUGUGCGAUCGAAUGCCCUGGUUUAAAGAGACCACCGUCUACAGAAAUCGUCAUAUCAUUAUAAAGGGCUACCUAUUCUGUUGCGAGGUCAAACAUUUGCUUGCCAAAUUGAAUUACUCCAACGAUGUUUUUCUGUCAAAUCAAAAAUUGUUCAAUUCGGGCCUUCUGGUGUAAGGAAAUUGAUGUAAUAACCUUCAUAGUGUCCUAUUAUUAGUUUACCCAUAGUCAUCCAACUCGAUUUAUAAUUCUCCUGAUACCUUGAAAUAAAUACAAUUGAUAUCUAAGA